AUGGCAGCAAAUGACCCCAAGCUGCCAUGGUGGGCUCAACCCUUUUUCCCGGAGUUGGACGCCGAAGGCACCGACUUCCGUGACUAUACACCCACUCCGAAACCGAAUGCCUUUGAUCUCGAUCGGCUUUUCUUCGCAGAGCACCUGCAGCUACUACGUUUUGGAGGGCUCCGCGCAUACGAGGCCCUCGUCCUACAACAGCUCGAGCCAUAUACGCCGCGGCUGGUGCUGCCGAGGGGGCUUUCGGGGUACAACAGCAGCGACUCGAGCGAGAACGAAGAGGAUACAAACGAAGCAUACGAGAACGAUGAUGAUGCUUACAUUAUCGACGAUAAGAAAGGCGGAAGUUCCUUGUUUAAUAUCUACAAGCCGUCCAACCCCACGUUGGCCUCUUGGGUGGAACGGGACUUUGUGGAAGUGGACGAAACCAAGUGGUUCAAACUCUUUCAGAAGGAGAGAUGGGCGAGUUAUUUCAACUCGGAUCCUAAGCAGUUGUCGGUCGACAUCGACAACAAGGAGCACUGGCGCAAGUUGAGCAGGGUCAUAGAGAUCGCAAACCGAAUUCUUAGUGAGGUCUUGGAUCAAGAGUGGGUAGCAAGCUUUCUUGACACACGCGCUCGCGAUAUAUGCGAACCCGUCUCUUCUGGGAACGGGUCGCAAACCUGGGCUGACACCGCCAUCUACCGCGUUGCCCCUCUCCCUCCCGAGUCCCGCAUCAGCAAGGAGCAGGCCCGUAAAGUGCUCGACGACAACGCCCAUUACUUCUUCUGGGGGUUCCACAUGCCAGACGAGUAUCCGGGCGUGACUGGCAGGACUUUGCAGGUCCCGGACAAGAAAAGGACCACGUGGCACUGGAUGACGCUGGCCCUGACGUAUAUGGAGCCGGUGUUCAUAGAGAGCACGCCCGAGGAUCCAGAAGGGAGGCAGGCUGCAGUUGGGAUGGCCAAAACCUUCUUCAAGGAGGAGAGGUGGGCGGAAGCAGGCUACUCUCUCGAGAAUGCCGUGUUCGGAACCGCCAUGAAAAAUCACUGGGCAACCUCGGCCGGGCGCCUCCUGUAUCUCGGCAUGUGCGGGAUGAGCCCUCAAACGUGCGAGACUAGCUUGCACUUUAGAUACGACAGCUGGUCCCCUGUUAACCCCUUCCUCGACACGCUGCUCGGCAUUCCUGCCAUCUUUCCCUGCGCCCUGACGACCUCUGACUUCUGGAAUAUCCACGUCAGGAAGUAUGGCUGCUCAAGCCUGCGGUGGUCGUGGGUCUGCGAGGGCAAGUCCAAGAAAAUCAAUGAUGAAACGCAGAUGCGGCCCGCGAAGAUCAUGGAGAUACCGUUCAAGUAUUCGAGGUACGACGAGCUCAAUAGGAGUAUGAAGGCUGUGGCGGAGAAGUUGCGGAAAAGACGACUAGACCUGAAAAGACUGCGGCCGUGGUACGCCGAAGAGUACGACGUCUGGUGUGGGACGGUGUAUGCCGAUACGUCGUUGCGGAAUUCACUCAUGUCGUUCGUAAUAGCGCUCUACGGCCGCUCAAUCAUGAACGAGGCUACCGCGAUUGAUUGUGUCGACCAGAUGGUGAAGCCGUACAAUCGGCUUUCCGACCUGGAGGAAGUCAGCCCUGAGAGCAAGAGACCGUCGAAGCUGUUCUACCAGGCUCUGGGGUUCCUCGGCCAAGCGGCACUGCCCGUAAGGACUAGGCCCAUACCGUACGAAGACGAUAGUUUUGGCGAGUACCUUGACCGGAUGCGUCCAGCCUUGAGGCCCAGCUUCGCUGGCAACGCAGAUUUCGCCGACGUGCUGUUCCAAUAUGGAAAGGCGUCCCUGGAGAACAGAAAGUCCAAGACGCUGUACAAAGCGAGCUCCCCCAGCCACGAUAGAGAGUUGUGCAUGGGCAACGCUCGUCUUGCUUUCCUGCGUUGGAAAAUUCUGGGAUACGUUACGGUUUCGCUCGCCAACGACUUCGAGCUCGAGUGGCAGUGGAUGAGGCGGCAGCUGGACCAGGCGCCGUUGGACGACGUAGUUUUGGAGUGGACUGGCUUGACAUGGCGUUACUUGCGCAACUAUGUCGGUCAGCCGGAUCAUCAGUCAUCGAGCUUCUUUCGCCCAGAGCAGAGGCCUGCGCACCACAGUGAAGGCGUCGACGCGGAUAUCCCAGCAUGGGCUAUUGCGAGGCCGGUGAUCGCCUCGGCCUCGACCCCUGCCCGCUCGGCAGCAGCGAGGCUUCCAUUCUACAGCAUCGCUGAGGUUGGCGAACACCAGAAACUCAAGAACCCGGUCAUAUGGGGUUGCUUGUGGAACGGCAAGGAGAUGGGGGUUUACGACAUCACCGAGAUGCUGCCGAACAAAACUUGGGACGGGGCCUUGAGAAACCAUAUUACUCGGCCAGCCCCAGCCCCCGUUUGUCGAAUGCUGCGACCAGACGUGAUCGGGGACGAUUGUCUCAGGUGGCUUCAAGACCAAGGUCCUGUUGGGUACCUCGUUACACCCCGCAGGAAAGAGGAUAUCCGAAUCAAUGAUGGGACGCUCGGGAAACCACGAUGGGUAACUUUUGCAGAGGAUGUGUUUGAUGUGACUGAGAUCAACUUCAAACCAGAGCUACAGGACCUGGAAACUAUCAUUACUGAGACCACUAACGGAGAUCCCGUCGUCGAGGCCGUCAAUAAGGGGUGGCACCCUGAUGUCAUUCAGGAAGCCCUCCGUCCGUACAAGAUCGGCUGGGUAUGGAACAAACUCGGCGAAAGACACCAUCGUCAUCAUCGCGUGUUUACAGCGAAUGAGGUCAAUUGGCACACGACUCGCGAGACGGGUAUCUACACCAUCAUACAUGACUGCGUUUAUGAUUUCACAACUUUCGUCGAUUUACAUCCCGGUGGGUCGUCUAUCAUUGAGGAGGUUGCAGGAACCGACGGCACAGACUUGUGGGCUGGUUACCAUAGCGACCCCUACUCAGACUUCGGCCUUGAUGUCUACAAGGUGUUGGAGGGGUUGCAGAUCGGAUCCAUCGUCCAGGAGCGGGACACCAAAACCGUGUCGCCUAAUGAAAUCUGCAUCCGAGACUAUAUCUUCAGCAAAGAUGAUUUUGCGACAUCAGAGAUCAAAGAAAAUGACAGGAGUCUUGAUCACCUUGCCGGCUACUGGGGCACAGAUGCGACUGCUGAAAUGGACAAGAAGGUUAUACCCGAGGUAUACCGCCAGCUCUGGGAGCGUCUCGAUGUCAUCACUGCCAAAGUGGUCACCCCGCGCGAUCGGCUUCCCUAUAUGAGCCGAAAGGACCUUGAAGGCAUGAACGGUAAAGAAAAACCAGGAGGGUUCAACGAGUCUUAUGUGUCCGAUGGCAAGUACGUCUAUAACCUCACUUCUUACUUUCCAAAACCAGCGUUGCUGCGAUACAGCAGACCCAAUCUACUUCUAGAAAGCUUAAAGCUCAAGGCUGGAUCUGUUCUUUCCACCAACCUGCCAGUGGAAGACGGCAUGAAGCAGUGGCUCUGGAACACAAGCCAACACCGCAUCAUCGCCUUGUACCGCACCCCCAAGCACACCCAUAUCACUGCGGAGAAAACCGUAGCUUGGAGGAACUCAUACAGACGGACACCAAGCACGAAGCCAAAGGUCGCCCCCGAGCCCGGCUCCUCGGCGGUCAAGGCAAACCAAGCUUCGGCGCCGGCGCCGACGCCAUUCACAGUGCGGCCGUUAUACCCACUUCGGAAGAAGCAGAAGAGCCAAAGGGACGGCCCAGAAAACCCUUACCCGAAGCUAAGCCAGUUCGAACCGUCAGAUGCCGCCGGGGACUUCUCGGCGGAGAUGAUCCAGGCAACUGCGAAGACUACCUUGGAGCAGAUGGGGUUUGCGGUGGGCCCUGAGAAGAGGGUGAGUGGACAGAAGAGGAAGAUGGAGGAUUGGUAA